UCGAAGUCGGUAUUUAUGGGACUUUGUCGUAUAGUGGGGACGUCACAAGUUGUGACCAUGAGGAGAGAUAUGAUGGACAUCUUUGAGAUUGUAUACAACCGUUUGAAAACAAGCAUUAAACCAUUUAUUAGGUAUAGUGGAAGUGAAAGCGAGGGUUUCAGGAUGCACGGAUCAGACAUGGAUUCUAUGUUUUGGCCUGAUGAUCACAAAGUGGUCUGGAAUUUAUGUCAGUCUCAUUUUUAUCAUGGACAGACUGUUAUUCUCGCCGACUGUUCUGAUAGUCCACCAGGGUAUGCUUUACUACAAUUAUUGACACCCACAAUCGAAAGAAAAAUCGAAUCAUCAUUGCUGAGAAUAAACAACAGAGAGUUCUUAUCUAGUUCAAAAUACAGAGUGAACAUGUGUUCAGAGGUUGUUCCGAAUUCAACACAGCACGGACCUUGUGGUAGUGGAGUCAGAUUUGGAAUAGAAUUUGACUGUGCCCAUUGUUUUGCCUGUGAUUUUUGGCCCCCAUCUGCAUCUUUGUGGAGAAACAGAUGUCAUGCAUGGCCUCCGCCUCGUGUAGUUUAUGACAUAGUUAACCAGGGAUGUCACUUUGCAGCAAUCGGACACAAAUCAGGAAAUCACGAAGACAAGGAAUGGAGAAUUUCUUUCUCUCUUGCAGAAAGAAAACUUGUGUAUUCGAUGGAUCACUGUCAAUUCUUAACUUAUGGUUUGCUUAAAUUAUUCUUAAAAGAAGUCAUUAACAAAGGAUUAAGUGAUGAAGAAAAGUUGCUGUGUUCCUAUCACGUAAAGACAGCUGUUUUCUGGGUGCUUCAACAAAAUACAAUAGCUUACUGGUGUCCACAAAAUCUCCUGGAGUGUUUCUGGGUCUGUUUUAAACUCAUCCUUAAAUGGGUGUAUGAGGGAGUUUGUCCAAACUUUUUCAUUUCACAAAACAACAUGUUUUUGGGAAAGAUAAAUGGCUCUGCACAAUCAUAUUUAUUUCGUGCAUUAUAUGUAAUGUACAAUAAAGGAUAUGCAUGCUUGCUACAUUGUGCCUCCAUCACGUCUAAUAUCAUGAGUGUUCUUUGCAAUCCAGGUGUCUUCAUUUGCACAGAUCAGCGGAGCGUAAUCUCCGAGACUGAAUUCGAUUGUCAGAUGUUUGGAGAGAUGUAUAAUCUGGACUCAAUUGUCAUUAUAGACCUAAAGAUAUGUAUGAAAUAUCUGCGUUUUGCAGAACAAUUGCUUUCCUUACCGUUAACAAAAUAUAACUUCCUAAUGUUGCAAAAGCUUACGGCCUCCGUACUUCAGAGAACUGCUUUUAUAUUGCACAACACGUUCACUAACUCAGGUGAAAACAAACAGAAAUAUAUCAUUGACAAAUUGUCAUGUAAUAUGCUGAAAUUGGCAGCACAAAUUGGGUGUACGUCUGACCUGUUGUACAUUGCAUUGUUUUAUUACAAAACCAAAAGAUAUGCAGAAGCUUUAGCUGUGUUGCGAAUGACAAAGGCUAAAUUUUCGCAGCCAUAUUUAGCGUAUACGUACUCAGUUUCUGAUAGAUAUAUGGAAGCUGCAGGGGGACAGUCCUGGUCCAAAAAGUUUAGAAGAUGUAUGGCACAAAACAUUAAACUUUAUAAUGGGAUAUUGUACAUUGAUGAACUAUGUAGAGAACAAGAUACAAGCCAUGGGAGCUCUCAGAUGAAGCACUUCUUCUUGAUCAUUCCACCAUUUGUAUUUUUACAAAUGCUGGAGGUCUUGUGCUGUAGGCAUGUUGACGCAAUCAGUAGAAAACAAGCGUUAGAAGAUUUGCAGCUCUUAAUUUAUCAAAAUGAACCAUUGACUGUACCUGUGAUGUUUAGGGAUAUAUCCUGGCAGAUUCUCGGAAUAUGUCAACAGGUAACAGGAAACUACCAGGAAGCCUUGUACUCCUUCCAGCAGUCGCUCCAGGAGUAUCCAUUUCAUGGGAUUCGACAAGCCACGUGUGAGAGAAUUUUGAAACUGCUGCCAUACACUUCAUGGUCAGUGGACAAAUUAUAG